AAAUAAUUUGCCAGACAGACGGGAGGCAAAAGAGAGGAAGAGCUAACCCACAAGUGGUGGCGCGCCACUCACUGCCACCAAUUCCAUCUUCUAUUUCCGCCCUGAACAAUUUACAAGUAAGGUAACAGUUAACAAACAGUUUCACUCACUCUCCUCAAAUGCAUGGAGGAGGAACGACAACAACCGCAGGUUCCUCUUUCCAUUGACUGGGACCAACAAUUUCAACACGACUCGCCGCCGCCGGAGGUCGUCAUCGUGCCGUCCUCCUCCAUGGCCUCUGAUCAGGACGACCUCAGCGCUCUUCCUGAUCACAAACUGAAGGAGUCGAUUCAGAGCAUGAAGAGAACACUCGACGUUACUGGCAAGAAUUUGCCCGACAAUGGCGCCAAGCUUCGCGCUACCAUCGACCGCUACCAGAAGGAACUUAGUCGCCGGGAAUUGAUGCGUCUUCGCCAGGAAGUUGAUGGGGACCAGAAGCCGCAGCCCGAACAAACUACAAGCUCAAGUGCUGCUACCAAGGGUGUGUCUAAUGACUUGAGAGAAGAGACUUUGUCAUCUCAAGUUCAACCGCUAUCCAUUUUUACAUCUUACUUUGUUAAAAAAAUGGAAAAUAGUCAGACUAGUUGUACAGCUUCCGAUGCAUUUAAAAAAGAGAUAUCACAUUUCAAACUUUGUGAGAACCAGAAAAUGCAAGAAAAUGCAGCUUCUGAUGCAUUUGGAAAAGAGACGUCACAUUUCAAUCAUUCUGACAACCGGAAAAUACCAGACCGUGGAACCUCUAGAAGAAGAAAGAGACAUCGUUCAUCAUCAAGACAAUUGCCGUUUCAGUGUCCUAGUAAACUUUCUAAACAUGAUACUUUUAGUGAUGAUAAAACUUGUAGAGCAGCUUCCACUUUUUCUCUGCGGAAUAUUGGGAGAAAUCUGUCAAGAUGCUACCCAAAAGUGAAGGACGUUUCUCAGGCAAUUCAAUUAGAUGGCUCAAGGUCCAAGAAGGGUCAGCCCAUUGUUCUUGAUGUUGAUGACGAUGACGAUGAGGCUCAUAUUGUGGAGAAAACUGAAAACCAAUUUCCUGAAUACCUGAAAGACGCUAAGAUCUAUUUUCCAUCAAGAGAUGAUCCAGAGUGUGUAGAAAUUUGUUACAAAGACACAGAUUGCCUUGCCCCUGAAGGCUAUUUAACAUCAACAAUAAUGAACUUCUACAUUCAAUAUUUGCAGCAGCAAGUAUUGUUGACAACUGACUACCAUUUUUUCAAUACAUAUUUCUACAAGAAGCUCAAAGAAGCCGUUUCAUACAAGCAAAGUGAUAGAGAUGUGAUCUUUGCAAAGUUCAGAAGAUGGUGGAAGGGUGUAAAUAUUUUUCAGAAGGCGUAUGUUUUGAUUCCGAUACACGAGGACCUUCACUGGAGCUUGAUCAUUAUUUGUAUCCCAGACAAAGAAGAUGAAUCGGGGCCAAUCAUACUUCAUUUGGAUUCUUUGGGUCUUCACUCUAGUAAAUCAGUUUUUGAUAAUAUUAAAAGCUAUUUGAUUGAAGAAAAGAACUAUAUGGAUCGGGAAGAUGUGUCUUCAAAUGUUUCAAUUGCAGACAGAAUAUGGAAGUGCCUUCCUCGUAGAAUUGAAUGUCAGAUCAUUGCGGUUCCCCAACAGAAGAAUGAGUAUGACUGUGGUCUUUUUGUAUUGUACUUCAUUGAGCGUUUCAUGGAGGUGGCACCUGAGAGACUGAAAAAGAAAGAUUUGGCAAUGUUUGGAAAACGAUGGUUCAAACCCGAAGAGGCUUCCAAUUUGAGAGUGAAAAUCCGUAAAUUGCUUGUAGAAAAAUUAGAGAAUUCAAUGAGGGAUAAUUGUGACCUAGAAUCUUCUCCUUCAUCAUCUGGUGGCCCUGCAACUGAGUGUGUUGAGUCCACCAAGGAUUCUAUGGCGUAACAUGCAAUCAUGAAUUGCAAUUCUCAUUUCCUUGAACCAACAAUCUGUUGAUAUUUUCAUAUUGUUGGCGCCAAUGGCUUUUUUUGUUUGUACAGACAUCAGCCAUUGAGCUGAUAAUUUUUGGAUAAUUUCCUACGACCUGGUUACUGCAGCAGUCGUUAAUACAAGAAAGGAUGGCUGACCCUUUGGUAUGAACAAAUAACAAUCAACCAUUUCUUGUGGGUUAGGUCAUCUUUCCAAAUGUAUAGCAGGAAACGGCACAAAGCUGUCUAUUAGAGUUAAUAGCUUUCGUAUC